AUGGCCGCAUCUCGCGAAGAAUAUGAUGUAUUGCUGGUCGGGGCCGGGAUGUCCGGUCUCUGCGCCCUUCAUCAUAUUCGGAAACGAUUCCCCCAUUGGCGAGUCAGAGUCCUUGAGGCAGCAUCGGAUGUCGGUGGCACGUGGUUUUGGAACUGCUAUCCUGGCGCACGCUUCGACUCCGAGUCUGUCUCUUAUGCUUUCUCGUUUGACGAAGGUAUCCUGAAUGACUGGCGUUGGAAGGAGACUUUCUCGGCCCAGCCAGAUACCCUAAAGUACAUUCAGUUCGUCGCCGAUCGGCUUGAUCUGCGCCGUGACAUCCAAUUUAACACACGCGUUGUAUCUGCACAAUGGGAGGGUGACAGACGUCAAUGGCAUUUCAUCGAUGAAAGCGGUCGUUCCUACAUCACGAGAUUCUUCGUCUCCUGCCUUGGCUUUCUUUCCAACCCAACACUUCCCGCCAUUCCUGGCAUUAACUCAUUCCAAGGCCGUGGAUUCCACACCUCACGAUGGCCUAAAGACCUAACCAAUGCGGAUUUCGCAAACCAACGCAUUGGUGUUUUGGGUACUGGAGCCACUGGGAUCCAAACGAUUACUGCCCUUUCCAAAGUAACGGACAUCAAAUCACUCACAGUAUUCCAGCGGACCGCCAACUGGGCUGCCCCCCUCCACAAUCGUGAAAUUACCGACCAGGAAAUGGAAGAACUUCGGAAGAACUGGGCCGAGAUCUUUCAAACGUGCGCGGACACACCAACAUGCUUCAUGCACAAGGCAGACCCUCGCAAGUCGUCUGACGUCACACCAGAGGAGCGUCAUGAACUAUGGGAAAAGAUCUACGCGACACCCGGAAUGGCUAAAUGGCUAGGCGCCUUUAGCGACACAUACACGGACCAAACGGCGAAUCAAUUAUACUCCAACUUCAUGGCCGAGAAGAUUCGAGCCCGUGUGAACGACCCUGAAGUCGCCGAAAGUUUAGUUCCGAAAGAUCACGGCUUUGGCCUGCGACGAGUGCCUUUGGAGAGCGGGUAUUUUGAGGCGUAUAAUCAGCCCAAUAUUCACUUGGUCGACCUGAAAAAGAACGCCAUUGAUCGGGUUACACCUAAGGGAAUCCGGCUCCAAGAUGGGACAGAGCACGAGCUAGAUAUCUUAAUCUAUGCUACUGGCUUUAAUGCCAUCACUGGCGCUUUUGCGAAUAUUGACUGGAUUGGCAAGAACGGUGUCCCUCUUAUGGGGAACAGCGGCACUGAGAAAGGUGACAAAGCCGUGUGGGUUGACUAUCGACCACGGACGUACCUGGGCAUGACAGCUCCCAACUUCCCUAACAUGUUUAUGGUCCUAGGACCUCACCAGCCUUUUGGGAACGUGCCUCGUAGCAUCGAGCACGCUGUUGAUGUUAUCGUCGAGAUGUUGGCUACUUGUGACGAAAAUGGCUAUACAUAUGUCGAAGCGAAAGAAGAAGCAGUCGAAGCCUGGACCAAGCAUGUGGCAGAGUGCAGCGAGGGUGCGUUGCUGAAUGAGGUGGAUAGCUGGAUGACUGGUGUGAAUAAGAAUGUCGCAGGUAAGAUGCUUGUCCACGUCCGCACCCUGGAGCCUGCUCCUCCCCUCGCUGAACCUGGAGACACAGAGAGUCCUGUUAUUAACGCCAUCACCGAAGCACUCUCUAACCUUGGUGCUGAAUUGCAAUCAGCUGAACAUGGCCCACCUCCCCGUGUGUUCCCUUUCCAUUAUAUCGUGAUUGUGGACACGUCUGAAGUCAGUGAAGAAGACUUCCAGUCAGCACUGCAGCAAUCUUGGCCCGUGGGGCAGGAUAUUGAGGGGGAGGGCGAAACUAUUCCCCCUGCUGAUAUAAGCGUCGGAAAUAUGGAUGAUUAG